GGAAACAACAUUCCUCCUCUAAAGUCCCGUAUGAGGACCAGCGGAGACACUUCUAGAGCCACCCAGGUCACUGCAGUUUCUCUUUAACAUAAGACGCACUUUCCCCCGGCCGUUCUUCGUGUUAGGGAGUCCAGCGAGUCACAAAACAUCCUGUUUUUCUAGCUCACACAUCGCCAUUACAACCGGCAGACGGUAAAAAUGGAUGCAGGAAAUUCUGAACAAAAGGCGAUCACUCUCAUCAUAAAGACGCCCAACCAGGCUCAGGAGGACCGGACCAUCGAGGGAGUGAGCCUGCAGUGGACCAUAAAGGAGCUGAAAGCGCACCUGUCCGCUGUCUACCCGACCAAACCGGCUGUGAGUGACCAGAGGCUCAUCUACGCUGGCAAACUGCUGCCUGAUAACCUGCACAUUAACGGACUCUUCAUACAGACGGACUCAAUUCCCACACUGCACCUGGUGUGUGCUGUUAGGAGUCCUGCCCAGGGACCUCUGGGAGCCAGACCCAAGGCCAAAGAGCCACAUUCCUCCAGUCCACAGCCCACACCAGCCCAGACUCCCAGCCCGCCAGAGCUGCGGCAGAGGAGGCCGGCCUCCGCAGCUCCAGCACACACACAGACUCCAGUGUCUCCUCCACAGACUCCUGUGUGGCCUCCUGCUGCCAUGUAAGCAACAACUUGUGUUUCAGUGUGCUUUAAUCCAUCGUAGCAGUGUUUGCACCGUCAGAGAGAAUGACCGCUCUGCAGCCAAACCACUGAACAUGUUUUAUUCACCUUUAAUACAACGCAGCUAUGACUGCUAACUGUACAGUAAGCCAGCGCUGACUUCCCUUCUCCACUUCCCCACUGGGGGAAUCCCAGUUUCAAAACCAAGUGGCCUUCGGUUAAACUAACCUUUUAAAAGCUGAAGAACAGUCGAAUCCUGAUCAUGUGAUUUCUGGAUCGUUGUUAUUGUUUGUCAGCGACAUUCAACAAAAACCCCAAAAGCUGAACUUAAAAAUCAUCAUUCGUGAUAAAGAUGCAGAACAUGGAAGAAGCCACAGUGCUUUGCAGGUUGUGUUUCUGAGGGGCCACUGUUUUCUGUGUCA